UUGUGUUUAACAUCAAGUCAGAAUAAAGUCGACUUUGCUGGCCCAGCUAUGCCCCAGAAACCCCAGAAAAAUGCUCAGACUGCACACUACAUUGAGCUGGGAGGUUACCAGUACUGGCCUGUUCUGGUGCCCAGAGGGAUAAGACUGUACACUUAUGAACAGAUCCCAGGGUUUCUAAGGGAGAACCCCUACAUCACAGAUGGAUACAGAGCCUAUCUUCCCUCGAGGUUAUGCAUCAAAAGCCUCUUCAUCCUGUCCAAUGAGACGGUUAACAUCUGGAGUCACCUUUUGGGCUUCCUUCUUUUCUUUUGUCUUGGGGUGUACAACAUGUCCUGUGUGCUGCCAACCUUUGGCGCCUCCAGAGAGGAUUACGUCAUCUACUCCAUCGGACUAUUUUGCUUCCAAGUAGGAGUUUUUCCUUUGUGUAUGCUGUGCUCAGUGGGUUUCCACCUGUUCUGUUGCCAUCGCUCAGAGAAGACUAGUCGCCGUUGGAUGGCGCUGGAUUAUGCGGGCGUUUCUAUUGGGAUCCUGGGCUGCUACGUGCCUGGAGUCUUCUACACUUUCUACUGUAAUAAUUACUGGCGGCAGGUGUAUCUGGUGACGGUCUUGGCCAUGAUCCUGGCCAUCUUCUUCGCUCAGAUCCACCCUCAUUACCUCAGCAAACAGUGGAAGCGGCUGCGCUCGCUGAUCUUCUGCUCCGUGGCCGGCUACGGCCUCAUCCCCACCGCUUUCAUCCCCCGCAUCCUGGGGAUGUACUUCAUCGCAGCGUUAGCUCUCAUUUUUUACGUUUCCAAGGUUCCCGAACGCUACUUCCCAGGUCAGCUGAACUACGUGGGCUCCAGCCACCAGGUGUGGCACGCGCUCCUGGUGCUGAUGUUUUACUGGUGGCACCAGUCCUCGGGCUUCAUCAUGGCCCACAGACACAGUCAGCCAUGUCCCGACGCCCCCCACCACACCUAACCACGCCUGCAGGACCACCGGCCUCCGGAAGCAGUUAGGGUCUCGUUGUGUUUCUCUGUG